AAACUCCUCAGCACUAAUGUCUUUUUUUUUUUUUUUUUUUUUUUUUCUUCUUUGGUGGAGAAGAUAGAGCUCGAGCCGCGCCGCGCUCUCCGCCCAAGAUACCGGACUGACACCUGGUUUCACCGCUGAGAAAGCUGCCGCGUCACAAGCCACGGAAAACACGAAUUUUUUAACCGAGAAGGCGACCAUAUUGAGGUCAGGGGAAAGCGUUGCCAAGGCGACCGGGCUUGCCAUAAGAGAGGACACUGCGGCGCGCGUCACGCGCCGGGGACGCGCUUUUUGGAAAGGGGUUUGCGCACGUACGCGCGACAGCCAGCCGAGGCGGUCACGGAAUCCACAGCGGCGGCGGCGGCGGCAGGAGCAGCAGCAGCAGCGGCGGCGUCGGAGGAGGAAGCAUCUUCUCACCAGACCACCGGAGCACCGCGUUUACCAGACACCAGCUGAUGCUUUCACCGGUACCCACCGGCGCCUUGGUUCUUUCCGAGGGGAUAUACUGUGGAUUUACCGACGACGUCCCCGAGAAAGACAACAACACACACACACAAAAAAGCUCUAAAACUGAGUAGCUGAGACCACUAGUCUGCACAGGUGACACUUCCCGGUUGCCAUAUUCGCCAAAUCUCCCCCCCUACUGCAGAAAGAUCCAGGGGUUAUUUAGUUAAAAGGCCCCGGUUUAAGAAAAAAAAAAAAAAAAAAAAAAAAAAAAAAAGUAAAGACAUUCUCCUUGAGGCAAACCAGACUGUCAGCCGAGAAAUUAAUUAAUUUAUUUAUUGCCGAGCUGGAGAAGACGGGGACCGAGCCGAGCUCGCCUGCUCGGAGGCGACAAUGUCGAGCUCGUUGUGGUUUGUGAUGCAGCGGAGCAGCUUUAUUUCUGGCUCCUGCCAUGAAGUAGCACCUGCCAGCCCGGUUGGAUUGAAGUACUAAGUGCUGUCGAAAGGAGGGUACUAUUAUAUUUUUGGAAGAUUUUUUUUUUUUUAAUUUUUAAUUUUAUUGUUAUUAUUGUUUUUUUUUAUUUAGAAAAAAAUCGCACUUUUUUUCCUUUUUCUUUCUUUUCUUUUCUUUUUUUUUUUUUUUUUAAAAUUCCCUCGCUUGACUUUUGUCGCGUCCCGGCGGAAGGUUUUCACCAGGAGGCAUUCACCAGUGGGGAUCUGGCACCCUACCAACACCCGUGGAUCACAAAUUAACAGGGUUCGUCAUCAGUCCGACUACCUGGAUAAUUGAAGACGAAUAGGUAUGGAACGCAACAGAACCAUGGCCGAGGAAGUGUUUUGGAUCGCCUUCGCUCAGAAUCAGCACUGACCCGGCCCCCCACGCCAAAGCCCGACCCCCUUCUCCAGCCCCCUCGAAGGACCCUUCUUCCCUUGACGACGUCUUUGCCGUCUUUUGAGCUCAUCUCAGCGUCUCUUUGCGGGUUCGCCUGCUUUCGUUUUAAGCCCCCUCUUAUGCUUUACCCUCCUGACUGGAGGUCACAGUCCACAUUGUCUCGUGAAGACAAGAGUUCUCCCGAAAAGACUCGAAGCAGGUGGCUGAACAGUAUGAAUCCAGCCAUGUGCCCCCUUCCACUUGCUCUCAGCAAACAAAGUCGGCGGGGUUGGUGUUCUAGGACACGUCCGCUUGCCGCCAUGACAGACUGGUACUUCAUGAGCGCCCUGGGUGUCCUCCUGCUCUUCAGCCUGGCCUCGAGCCAGAAGAUGGACCCCUCCAAGCACCCCAUAGUCACCACCAACUACGGCAAGCUCAGGGGCAUCAAGAAGGACCUGAACAAUGAGAUCCUGGGCCCCGUGGAGCAGUACCUGGGCGUGCCCUACGCCACGGCGCCCAUCGGCGACCGGCGCUUUCAGCCGCCCGAAGCGCCGGGAUCCUGGCAGGAGAUCCGCAACGCCACCCAGUUCGCCCCCGUGUGCCCCCAGAACGUCCACGGGGUGCUGCCGGAGAUAAUGCUGCCCGUGUGGUUCACGGACAACCUGGACGUGGCGGCGGGCUACAUCCAGAACCAGAGCGAGGACUGCCUCUACCUCAACGUCUACGUGCCCACGGAGGAUGGUCCGCUCACAAAAAAACACGAUGAAUCUUCAAUGAACAAGCCUCGAGACGAAGAUAUCCGUGACCGCAGGAAGAAGCCCGUGAUGCUGUUCAUCCACGGAGGCUCCUACAUGGAGGGCACUGGGAACAUGUUUGACGCCAGUGUACUCGCGGCCUACGGCAACGUGAUUGUGGUGACCAUGAACUACCGGCUUGGCGUGCUCGGUUUCCUGAGCACGGGAGAUCAAUCCGCCAAGGGGAACUACGGCCUGUUGGACCAGAUCCAGGCCCUGCGUUGGCUCAACGAGAACAUCGGCCACUUCGGCGGAGACCCGGACAGGAUCACCAUCUUCGGCUCCGGGGCUGGCGCCUCCUGCGUCAACCUCCUCAUCCUCUCGCACCACUCGGAGGGUCUCUUCCAUAGAGCCAUAGCUCAGAGUGGGACGGCCAUCUCCAGCUGGUCUGUCAACUACCAGCCCCUCAAGUACACCAAGAUCCUGGCCCGGAAGGUUGGUUGCACCUACACGGAGACGGCCGACCUCGUCGACUGCCUGCGACGUAAGAACUUCAGGGAGCUGGUGGACCAGGACAUCCAGCCCGCCCGCUACCACAUCGCCUUCGGCCCCGUUGUGGAUGGAGACGUGGUGCCGGACGAUCCUGAGAUUCUCAUGCAGCAGGGGGAGUUCCUCAACUAUGACAUCCUCAUUGGUGUGAACCAAGGAGAGGGGCUGAAGUUUGUGGAUGACAGCGAGGACAACGACGGCAUCUCGGCCGCAGCUUUCGACUACACUAUCUCUAACUUUGUGGACAACCUCUACGGGUACCCUGAGGGCAAAGACAUCCUGAGGGAGACCAUUAAAUUUAUGUACACAGACUGGGCAGACAGGGAUAAUGGCGACAUGCGAAGGAAGACUCUGUUAGCUCUGUUUACUGAUCACCAGUGGGUCGCGCCGGCGGUGGCCACUGCCAAGCUCCAUGCCGAAUUUCAGUCCCCGGUCUAUUUUUACACGUUCUACCACCACUGCCAGACCGAGACGCGACCCGAAUGGGCCGACGCCGCCCACGGAGAUGAGAUACCGUACGUGUUUGGCGUGCCCAUGAUCGGCGCCACGGACCUGUUCCCGUGCAACUUCUCGAAGAACGACGUGAUGUUGAGCGCUGUGGUGAUGACUUACUGGACCAACUUUGCUAAGACCGGGGACCCCAACUUGCCAGUCCCUCAGGACACCAAGUUCAUUCACACCAAGCCCAACCGCUUUGAAGAGGUCAUCUGGACCAAGUUUAACUCGAAGGACAAGCAGUACCUCCACAUUGGCUUAAAACCUCGCGUUAGAGACAACUACAGGGCUAACAAGGUGGCCUUCUGGCUGGAAUUAGUCCCUCAUCUUCACAGUCUCCACGAGGAGCUCUUCCCCACCACUACCCGCUCCCCACCGGGGCCUGGCACCGGCACCAUCAGACCCUGGCCCAAAGCCCCAGGCCCUCGCACCACUCGUCACCCGUACCCCACCUUCCCCUCCGAUCCCGAGCCCGAAGGUUCAGAGCGCCCCCACCAGGACCUCUUCCCCGGAGACACUCGUGACUACUCCACCGAGCUGAGCGUAACGGUCGCGGUGGGGGCGUCUCUCCUCUUCCUCAACAUCUUGGCCUUCGCCGCCCUUUAUUACAAGCGCGACAAGCGUCACGAGAUGCGACGGCACCGACUGUCCCCCCAGCGGGGCGGCCCUGCCAACGACCUGGCUCACAGCCAGGAGGAGGAGAUCAUGUCCCUGCAGAUGAAGCAUUCGGAGCACGACGCCCACCACGACAUGGAGCCCCUUCGCCCCCACGACAUCCUGCGGCCCGCCUGCCCGCCCGACUACACGCUGGCUCUGCGCCGCGCCCCCGACGACGUCCCGCUCAUGACGCCGAACACCAUCACCAUGAUCCCCAGUACCAUCACCAGCAUGCAGCCCCUUCAUGCGUUCAACACUUUCCCCUCCACUGGCCACAACAACACCCUGCCCCACCCCCACUCCACCACCAGGGUAUAGUAGGGACUGGCCCUGACACAGCGCCACCAGGACCAGGCCAGGAACACUGGCUACUGAUCUAGAAGGAAGGCCUCUGGAUGUGGGCCCCCCGUUCUCUAAUUCUCUCGUUUCUUCAAAAGCAACUCCACCCCCUCCAUCAUGUGCUGUAAAAACUUAGCAGCUGCCUCCGCCACUGGUGGCGUGCGGAGUGUGACUGAACUGCACAGCAGCAAAUGAGCGGGGUUGACUUAGAUCUUUUAAAGAUACUGUUUUCAAAGAAGAUCUGCCGUUUCCAGACUCAAGGCACCCAACGUUUGUCGGAGGGACGAAUGCUUUUUGCCCCCCUUGCUGUUUUCUCUUUUUUACUUUGGUGUCAUCUCUUUUUUCUGUCCCCGGUGUGUUAUGUGCACAUAUCUUUUCUACAUCCGUGUCUUAAUACUGCUUUGUUCCUCUUAUUCAACAUGUGAAUCUCUUCCUCUUUACGUAAUUCUCCUGUGCUCCGAGGAUUCAUCUACCGGGCGGUUUGAUGGAGCGCAGAGUGCAUACAGUAAACGUAUCGAUAUGAACAUACUGAUAUCUGAUAACUCAUCCUACCAGCAUUAUUGGUGCCAAGUAUGUACUUCUGUGUUUGCGUUUGCGUCGAGGGAGGAAAAAAAAAAAACGAAAGAAAAUUCCAGACUAUUCCUAUUUGCCGUCAACUAACAGAGGCCGUGUGUUCUCAUGACAAAAGUGCCAAACUGGCCCUCGAUUGUGUUUUGCUUUCUUUCAUCUCGUUUCUUCUUCUUCUUUUUUUUUGUUUUUUCAAGCAUUUGUUUAAAUGUUGUUUUUUGUGGAAAGAAUUUUUGCUGAAAAUAUAGAUAUAGAGAAAUGAUAUUAUAUAUAGUUCUAUAUAAAUGUGUACAAAGGAGAAAGUAUAUAAAUGGGUUUUCUCAGUGGGGGAUCUAUGCAUGAAUUAUUUUUUAAAGCUGAUGACGGGUGGGGUUGGGGCGCGGGGGGGGCGGGAGGGAGAGGACGCCGUAUCUGUCAAUGCACGUUUCCCAAAUCUAAUCAAACCAUAUCUGUCCACUUUUACUAUUUUGGUCUCGGUUUUCUCUCACGGAACAAGAGCGUCGCAGAAAUACCUGCCGUCAAUGCACAAGUCAGCUGCACCUCCCAACACGCAUUGAAUAAAAAAAAAAGAAAAAAUAGUAAAAGCCACUUGUUUCCGAAGAUGUUCCACACUCUUCCGUUCAUUCUCUCCUUUAUGGUGUCAUUUAUAGGUAUUUUUCCCACCGAGCGACUCGGCACGCCAACAGAAAGCCCGUCAACCUGCAGUAGCUACUUUGUCAUUCCGUCUCAAUCUGGUACAAAAUCUGUUGCUUUGCAUUUCAGCGAACAGGGUCUCUGCUCCGAAUCGCACGCCUUCCCUCUCCUGUCUGCCCCCCCCCCCGUUUCUUUUCCAGCAUUCAUUGAGUUUGGCGUGAGAGAGCGCGAGUGUUGGCGUGUGACGUCAGAACUCCACGGGCGGGCCUCGAGUUAGGCGACAAAGCGGCGGAGAGGCGGACGGGAAAGAGCACCCCAAAGUUUCAAACGGAGACUCCGAACGCGACCCUGCAUCACCCCUCCCCGCGUCACCGCAGCCGCGCUCCUCCUCCCCUGUCCUCGCCUUCGUCAGUACGCUGCAUUUUUAUUCAAAAACUGGUGCCCACAUUGCAGUGAUCACCCAUAACUCCCCACCGCCCCCCGCCCGGCCGCGUCCACACCGUUCCACGCGAUUCCUGACCUCAGCUCAGCUCGGCUAUUAUCCUCACGUUAAGGUUAGCUCACCACGCUGGUGACAUUUGUCAGCUCACGGUUUGUAAAUUAAACUCUAAGCACACUGAGGGUCACCCGUACGUCUCCACGGCCGCAGAGUCCGAGCUCCAAGACGAAAAGGGGACUCGGAUCUCCUCAACAGGGUAAAAAAUAAAAGCCGAAGCUGUUUCUGAAUCUGCUUCUUUGCGGUGGGAUUAUGCAGCUCGUCGAUGUCCCCCCUCUGUCUAAAAAAAAAAGAUGUCAAACAUGGAUCGUGGGUUAACAUAGUAUGUUAACGUUGAAGGUUGAAUGGAUGGGCUGUUGUUGGAGCCCACAGGAACAAACGGUAGCUUAUAUCCACUAUGGGAGAAGUUAGUCACCGGUGCUGUCUUUGCUUGUGCUCUAGCUUUAGCCUGUUUGAUUGUUUGUUUUCUAUUUUAUUACUGCCUAAAGGGGUGGUAGUGGGGGAGGCCUGGAAAGAGGGGGGGGGGGAUGUACCUGGCUGCUCCUGUCAGACAUUUUGUAAGCCCAUUGAAAGGGAAACGUGCACAAUGUAAAUCACAAAACAACCGACUCGGAUGUGCCGCGGGUGGACGAACGCACCGGAACAGAUGAUGGACUGGAGCGCAAGGAAAGGGACACGCUGUGGAAAAGAGCCUCCAAGAGGGUGUUGGGAAAAGACUCGCAGCCUUAAAUGCAGAAAUUAGAACCAGAGAGGACAAACUGACCACAAGGGGGAAAAAAAGGACACUCGAAGGCACGGCCAUCUUUCUGCCCACAAGGGAACUGACAUGUCCGUAUGAACCCUUUUGUACUCUAUUCUGUGAAUACAGAGGCAGUGAGGGGUUAUGAAGCCAACCUCACCACAACGCAGCAGCAAUGAUGCCACUGGAGGUGGGAGCAGAGACAAGGUAUUUAGUUUGGGGGUCUGUUAUUUUUCCCUGUCUAUUUUAUAAGCUAACACUGGAGGGCGCCAUUGUGAUAGAUUUAAAGCAGCCAGAACUACUGGAAGCGCGAAGAAAAAUAUCAAACUGGAUGGCAGGACGGAGACAGACACGACACCUGGAUGAGGAUCAAAACUGUACAUUUUUAAGUGUAAGAAUCAAACAGACAAAAUAUUUGUAAAUAUUAAGUUUCUUGUUUGUUUUCUUCCUUUUUUGAGUGAAUGAAUGAUAUGCUUAUUUUGUGACAACAAAAAGACAACAGGUGCAAUUUGCAACAAGAUAGCCAACUGCUUGAGGUUUCAAAUUUACAUAUGCUUGCCACUGAUCACUCAAAAAAAAAACCAAAAAAAAACAGUAAGUAAUGUUUUGUUUUUUGCCCAUUGUCACAAGGGUAUACUGUAGCAUCUUCAUUCCUAACCUGGGAAGUAACUGUAGAUCAAUUAAUUUUCACUGAUGCCCUUCAUACAGUGUUUUGUCAUUUUUGAAUAUAUUUUUCCCUUUUCUCUAAGCCUUCAUUUUGAAAUAUUUGUUGUCGUCCUAGUACUCUCCUGAUAAAUCUUGGCAGCAUCAUGUGUAUGACCUGUAUGUUUCAGAGGCUAACAGCCCUGAUAAAAGCCAGCUUUGCCUUUCAGUGAUACACGGUCAAGACUUUAAUGAACCAAAACUGAGGCACUAAACGGAGGAACAUAUAUUUAGCUCACUUAACAUGUAGCAGUGUUUACAUGUAGCCACUUUAUUUAUGUGUUGGGACAAACAUGAGGGCUUUGAUACCAUAGGAUGCCUCAUAUCCUCAUACGCUGUGGUUCCACUGCCGGAACUGUCUACUUUUGGAAGUACUUUUUGUCUUUCUCCCUUGUGGUUAAAUUCUUUUCUGAGGUACAGGAACUGUGGGGGCCAGUUCUGCAGAGCUGAACAUUACUGAUUGGUCAAGUGGUUGGUAAAAUGCGUUUGCUUACUCUAAGCAUGACCUUCAGUUGUGUUGAAUCCCGUUAGCUAUAGUUGUUGUUGAAUCGUUUACUUUUGAAGAAACCGAAGAAGAUGCUUCUGCUUUGUUUGAACAAUUUGCAGUACUGCCAUUCAUGUUUGUAUCCCUCCCGGAAGCUCGUCAUGCCACCUGAUGUUCACACAGAAAUAAUGUAUUUAUUUCAAGCGGUAUGCAUAGCAUUAAACAUUAAUAUGAUAAAUUUCAACGUAUUAUGAACGGGUCCCACCACAGCUCUUAGUCAGAGUCAGAGUGAUGUGUUUACGUGAUGCCUUUGCAUUCCACUUACGACUGGGAGACGAGUGUCCAUGUAGACAAAUCAGUUAAUAUGGAAAACAAGACAAAAAAACAAAAACUUUCAUUUUCCAUAUGGCACCGGUGUUAACUGUCCAGUCUUGACAUGUCUUUGGACUGUGCUGGAAAUGCAGACAUUUUAGUUCCUUGUUUCCGGGAUCCCAGGUUCCAUGUACUCUGGGUGGAAACGUGGUGAUCACACAGGUGGUCCAACGUUUUCCUUUUCCACACUCCGCUGCGUUGUGAUCAUGGAGGCUGUGGUUCUUUUGCAGUGGGGUGAUGUAGCUAAAACAUAGUUUCACAUUCUAAACAGUAGAGAGAGAUUGUUGUCUUGUUAGUUGAGAAAAUGAGAAAAACCUGUCAGACUAUGUGUGUGUGUGGUUAACAGUAGAUCACAUUGGAUGUACAUGGACUCACUUGAUUUGUUUAGACAUCAUGAUUUACAUUUCAGUUUAUUCUCAUUUUACAAUGAUAAAUGGAUGGAUAAAUGAAAUAAAAUUGCCUCAUAUCACUUUUUAUCAUUCCUAUUUAGAGAUCCUGUGUCAUGUCAAGUUAAACAUAUGAUUUUAACCCUGCAAUGGCAAACAGAAAGAAAGACAGUGAUACGCGCUCACUUACUCAAUCCUCCAGCUUGGUCUACACUGCAAAUUUGCCCCUGUUGUCUUGUUUUUACACUUUGUUGAAUUCAGAAACCCAAGACAUGAGAUGAAGAAAAUGUUAAAUAAUUGAAUUUAAAAAAAAUACCAUUACUAAAAAAAAAACAAUAAAAUAAAAUAAAAAAAGAGUAAAGUAAAACUAUAUAAAUAAAUGAGGUGAUGAUAUUUCUGUUUACUUUAGAAGUUAUUAUACACUGUAUGCUGUGAUUCUGAUCUGGGAAACAUUAAAGACAUUCAUAGCCA